AGAGGUUUGUUAUUGGCUAAAGCUGUGGGCAAAGAUUUGGGAAAAAACUCAACGUUGCCGCAAAUGUAGCUAAACACUCGUUUGGUUUAAAUCAUGCUAUGUUGAAUUUCGCCAGAUUGUGUUUCAGAAACUUAGCGACGCUGCAGUUUGGCUUACGUAGGUGGGUAAAUACGUGUAAGAUUCGCGAUUUUCUUCGUCUGGGGUUUCCUGCACUGCCGUGAUCCGACACACUCCCCCGACAGGUGCGUGACGGAGAGCAGACAUGAGCCGCUUUCUGAACGUCCUCCGGAGCUGGCUGGUGAUGGUGUCCGUCAUCGCGAUGGGAAACACCGUGCAGAGUUUCAGGGACCACAGCUUCCUCUCAGAGAAGCUGUACACGGGAAAACCAGAGUUUGUAAAUGGUCUCCAAGCUCGAACAUUUGGUAUUUGGACCUUGCUGUCAUCCAUCAUCCGCUGUGCCUGUGCCAUUGAUAUCCAGAACAGAACGCUCUAUCACAUUACUUUAUGGACAUUUGUUCUGGCGCUGGGUCACUUUCUGUCAGAAGCAUUCAUCUACAAAACUGCACCACUGACCAUUGGCGUCAUGGCGCCACUCAUAGUUGCAAGUUUCUCCAUCAUAGGGAUGCUGGUUGGAUUCCAGUGUUUCCCAGAGACUGAGGAGGAAGUGGGAGUGCGGCAGAAGAAGCGAAACUAGUUUUCUCCUCUUGGCCGAAUCCACCAGCAGCACGCAGGCUUGGACCGGUGCUCAUGUAAAUUAUUUACUGAGAGAGUUUGUACCUCACCCUUUACGUCCUUUAUAUAAAAGUAUAUUUUAUUGUUGACAGUGAGUACUGAGGGUGUUCUGCUUUUACUGACAUCACAUUCAAAUGAGCAAUAUUAUAAAAGGAUUAAGCCACAUAUGUCAGUUUGUGUUCAGUAAUCUGGAUUGUAAUUUUUUUCCUUUUAGCUCUCCAUUGUUAAUUUUUUUUCCUCAAUUUUAGUUCAGAUUUACCAAAGGACCUUCACAAUUAUAUAAUGUCCCUAAAUGUUUGUUCUGUGCCCUCAAGGAUUUCUACCUCCUCAAUCACCAACCUUUUUGUCUGUUUUAUACCCAAGCAAUAAGAGAAGGAUGUAUUUUUGAAACUCGACCUGCUUAGCAAUUCAGACUCCCUGUUUAUAAAAGGUGUGUUUUUUUUUUUUUUUUUUUUGCAUCGUUUUUGUGAUCAGUAUUUGAAUUAAAAACUAAACUUUUGACUUUUGCCAGCGUUUAUGGUUUUAUUUCUCCCACCGAUGAAUAUGAAAUUUAAACAUUUGCUUUUGAUGUCCUUCAGGAUUCCCCAGGGGAAAAAA